UGGUAUAUAAGUUCUUUGUGGAGCUAUGGAUGCACACAGUUUCCGACAACUUCCUAAAGGGGUUUCACCAUGAAACUAACCGUGGUCUGCUUAGUGGUGAGCUUCUUUCUGCUGUACUAUGCAGAGCAGAGUGAAGCCUGCCUGGAGGUAAUUGAGAAGGCAUUGGGUCUCGAACCGUGCAAUCAAGGUGGUCGCAAGGAACACAAGGAGCCUCAUAGGGGUGGACCAGGACCUGUGAGAUCUACUGGGAGGCGCAGGAGAAUCCCUAGGAGACGUGAGACACCUAGACCAAAACAUCACAAUAUCAGAAAACGGAAGCAUCACAGAAACACAAGGAAGCCUAGAACACACGUUCCUUGUACGAAGAAGAAAAAGAGGACGGAACCACCGGUUCCACCAUGCACUUGUACAGAUAGCACAACUCGAAAGACCAAUCCGACUUGUACUUGUACAGAUAGCACUACUAAAAAGACCAAUCCGACUUGUACUUGUACAGAAAGCACUACUCCAUGGACGGAACCACCGGUUACAGAUAUUUCUACUCAAAAACCCAAUCCUCCAUGCACUUGUACAGAUAGCACUACUAAAAAGACCAAUCCGACUUGUACUUGUACAGAAAGCACUACUCCAUGGACGGAACCACCGGUUACAGAUAUUUCUACUCAAAAACCCAAUCCUCCAUGCACUUGUACAGAUAGCACUACUAAAAAGACCAAUCCGACUUGUACUUGUAGAGAAAGCACUACUCCAUGGACGGAACCACCGGUUACAGAUAUUUCUACUCAAAAACCCAAUCCUCCAUGCACUUGUACAGAUAGCACUACUAAAAAGACCAAUCCGACUUGUACUUGUACAGAAAGCACUACUCCAUGGACGGAACCACCGGUUACAGAUAUUUCUACUCAAAAACCCAAUCCUCCAUGCACUUGUACAGAUAGCACUACUAAAAAGACCAAUCCGACUUGUACUUGUAGAGAAAGCACUACUCCAUGGACGGAACCACCGGUUACAGAUAUUUCUACUCAAAAUCCCAAUCCACCAUGCACUUGUACAGAUAGCACAACUCAAAAGAACACUCUUCCACCCAAUCCACCAAGCACUGAACCACCAUGCGGUUGUAGUAGCUCUCACCCGUCUGGAUGGAAUCCUGGCGGUCCUAUAAUCCCAAGCGGUUCAACGACUACCAAGAAACCAGACGAAUGCUCGAGAAAACCGUCAGGUUGGAAUCCCGACGGUCCGAUUUGGACAAUACCAACACCUUCUCGAACGCCCUGCGGCUGUGUCUCGUGGAAUCCACCAGGUUGGAAUCCUGGCGGUCCGUGUUUUCCCCCAUUUCCCGGACCUUCCGGACCAGGACCUGUUAUUCCCAACAAUGCAGAAUGCGGAUUCGAUCCACAAUGCCCACAAGGCUGGAAUCCCGAUAGUCCUCUAAUACCCGAUCCCGAAAUUCCCGGGAACUUUGGACCCGGACCUGUCAUUCCCCUCAGUGGAGAAAAAGGAUGUGGCUGCUCGUGAUGUCCCCCAUUUGAUGUCCACCAAAAGCGGAACAUAGGAAAGAACUUCGUACUACCGUGGAUCGAAUACCAUUACUGAUAGAAGAAUGCAUCCAAUAAAAACCAUGUUGAUUGAACAAGAA